AUGGCAUCAGAACUGGCAAUGAGCAACUCCGACCUGCCCACCAGUCCCCUGGCCAUGGAAUAUGUUAAUGACUUCGAUCUGAUGAAGUUUGAAGUGAAAAAGGAGCCGGUGGAGCCCGAUCGCAGCAUCAGCCAGUGCAGCCGCCUAAUCGCCGGGGGAUCCUUGUCUUCCACCCCGAUGAGCACGCCUUGCAGCUCAGUUCCCCCUUCUCCAAGCUUCUCGGCGCCAAGUCCGGGUUCGGGGAGCGAACAGAAGACACACUUGGAGGAUUUCUACUGGAUGACCGGUUACCAACAGCAGUUGAACCCGGAGGCUCUGGGCUUCAGCCCUGAAGACGCAGUUGAGGCGCUUAUCAACAGCACUCACCAGCUUCAGACGUUCGAUGGCUAUGCUAGAGGGCAGCAGUUUGCUGGUACAGCCGGCGCAGGAGGCACCAUGCCCGGGGAAGAGAUGGGAUCAGCUGCCGCUGUGGUCUCUGCAGUUAUCGCUGCUGCAGCAGCCCAGAACGGAGGUCCCCACCACCACCACCAUCACCACCACAGCACCGGGCACCACCAAACACCCGGAGUUCCGUCCAACGGCAACUCUGGAGCAAGCCAUCAACACAUGCACUUGGACGACCGGUUUACGGAUGAGCAGUUGGUGACCAUGUCAGUGCGAGAGCUCAAUCGGCAGCUACGGGGGGUCAGCAAGGAAGAAGUAAUCAGGCUCAAACAAAAGAGGAGGACCCUCAAAAACAGAGGCUAUGCCCAGUCCUGUCGCUAUAAGCGGGUCCAGCAACGGCACGUCCUGGAGGGAGAGAAGAACCAGCUCAUUCAGCAAGUGGAUCACCUCAAACAAGAGAUCUCUAGGCUGGUCCGAGAGAGGGAUGCAUACAAAGAAAAAUACGAGAAGCUCAUCAACAAUGGCUUCAGAGAAAAUGGAUCCAGCAGUGACAACAACCCCUCAUCUCCAGAGUUUUUCAUGUGA